AUGGGCGCCAGGCCGACGUUCGUGGCCGUGGCGAAUCGUGAGAACACACUCAAGUUUAUGCGUCGAUCGGGAUCGUCCGUGGUGGAAGACGACGGGGCCACGCUGCGGCGCGCACACGCGGCUUUAGACGCGAUCGACGCCGCCGUCGCGCGCGGCUGCGGAUCGGGAGGCGCGUCGACGACGAGGUACUUGGGAGAGUGUCAUAAGACGCACGAGACGACGACGCUCGGGUACGCGAACGCCACGGGGACGAAAAUCGCUUUGGAGUACGAGGGAGACGUGAGGGUGGAGGAUGCGGUCGAGACAUUUGAUGCGAUCGCGGAGGCGUACGCGCGGGCGGCGAGUGGGGCGUUCGCGGACGUCGGGGAACGGAUCGACAGCGACGCGUUGCGGCGAGCGGUGGACGCUUUGUUGGCGUCCUGA